AUGAUGGAUUCCAAUGGGGAUGCAGUCUACUGCACGGUGGGUGACCCCCCCUCUUUUCGCCACGAUGAAGCGCUGACAAGGCAGCUGCUAUUGAGUGAUCAUUAUCUGCCAGGUGCGAUGGUCCUUGCCCAUUCCCUGCGCGACAAUGGAUCGAAAGCAAAGCUCGUGGCCCUGUUUACACCCGACAGAUUACAAUCGGCGACCGUUGAUGAGCUAAGGACGGUCUAUGACGAGCUUAUCCCAGUGACCUCAAUGGUCAACGACACACCAGCCAACCUCUGGCUGAUGGACCGCCCUGACCUCAUCGCCACAUUCACAAAAAUUGAACUCUGGCGUCUCACGCAAUACAGACGGGUAGUGUAUAUUGAUUGUGAUGUGGUGGCUCUGCGAGCCCCGGACGAGCUAUUAUCGUUGGAGGCGGACUUUGCAGCCGCGCCCGAUGUUGGCUGGCCGGAUUGCUUUAAUAGUGGACUGAUGGUCCUCCGACCCAAUCUGCAGGACUAUUAUGCGCUCCGGGCUCUCGCGCACCGAGGCAUUAGCUUUGAUGGCGCCGACCAGGGAUUGCUGAAUAUGCAUUUCCGGGACUGGCAUAGGCUAAGCUUCACGUAUAAUUGCACGCCCAGUGCCAAUUACCAGUACAUUCCUGCGUACAAACACUUUCAAAGUACCAUCAGUCUUAUCCACUUCAUUGGUUCUCAGAAGCCUUGGAAUAUGCCGAGGCAGAUUGUUCCCUUGGAUUCCCCGUACAACCAGCUGUUGGGCCGGUGGUGGGCCAUCUAUGACAAGCACUAUCGUUUACCAUAUGUGUCGCCGAGCGGACCGCAGCAAGGAUCUUAUGACGCCGCGGAGGCUCACCACGAACCGCCCGCAGCAUCUGGGGCAUGGCCACAACCAUACCAUGUUUCCCCACAGAGCGAAGACGACCAACCUGCUAGUUCACACCAUGAAGAUCCGCAGCAGGAGGCGUCUUUGUUCGAGCACACCCAUGCGCAGACAGUAUACCAGCCGGAACAUUCUCAGGCAACUCAGCACACAGAACAUCAUACGCCGGCACCCAUACCCAUCUUGAGUAUGGUCCCCCAAUAUGUUCGCGGAGAGGAGAACGUUUCGACCUUUGUUCCGCCAGCGCCUCAUGCUGCGCCAAUCGCUUUUGCACCACCGUUGAGCCAUGAAACCUACGAAGCCCCGCAUACACACCAUCACUCCUCUAGCGAGGGUGGCCAUGACCAAGCACAACAUCACCAAAGUCAUAGUGACUACAUUCAUCAGCCACAGCCAGUGACUCCAAUUCCACCAAUCGCCGAAUCAAUCCUACCGCCUCGGUCUCCAUCGCCUGAAGUUCCGAUAUUUGAGGCACCUCAAUCCGAAUGGAAUCCUGCAAGGGAACCACCACCGGCCAACACAAGACCCGAAGGACUGAGUCUUCAGGAAAAGACCUACUUCAUGUCGGAAGAUACCCAACUAUUCCAGCCUCCAUCCUCCUACCCAGAGGCACCGAAAAACAUGUACUACCAAGUUCCCACCACAAGACCAGAGCCUGAAAGCCAUUCAACGGUAUUCCCCUGGGAACACCAUGCCCCCAAGCCCACUCGUGUCUUUGCCGAAGAGCCCAUUUGUAAUAAACCUUUCCAACCGCCCACUCACGAGGGAUCUAAGGAGCUCCCCCAAGAGACUUCCCAUGGACAAGACAUCCAGGAACCCUCCCAUCAACCCGAACAACCAUUCACCGAGCCACAAAGUCUUUUCCACAAUCAGCCUCCCACACCAGGACCACUGUACACCCGUGUUCCCUACGAGCCCAGCACUUCAUACAACACCUACGACCGCUCGAACGCCUGGGACGAAGACCCAGAGAUCCAGCGCUUCAUCGAACGACAGCAAGCGCGACGCAAGCCCGCCGUCUCUCCGGGCUCCGCGCACUCCAGCCCAAGCGACAAGUCAUCCUCGAAGGUCACAGACUUCCCGACUGAGAUCGAGCGCCCCAGUCUACCUGUUACUCCGGCGCCGAUCCAUCGCACCCUCGGCGCGGACAGUACCUCCCUGCCAUCGGCGGAGGGAGUCCCUGACCAGGAAGACUGGGUGGGUGUCACGGUUGAUGCGUUUUCCUCUCUGCUUAGCGCAACGUACUUAUUGUGGCGAUCUACAGAAUCCACUGGCGAGGCUCGAGGAGCUAAGACGGAUGCAAGAGGAGGCUUUCCGGGAUCCGGAACUGCUUUUUAA